AUGACAUACCGACAAAUCAUCCUCACCUGGCUCCUGCUCUUGCUCCAAGGCUCCCGACGCCUCUACGAAAGCCUCGAGUUCUCCCGCCCUUCAAAGUCGAGAAUGUGGAUAGGGCAUUGGAUGAUCGGGGUGGGAUUUUAUAUGGCGACUAGUAUUGCCAUCUGGGUCGAAGGAAUGCCCGCCAUUCAAGCCCACAACUUCACCGUCCUCAAACCCACCGACUUCGCCCUCUCCGGCCCAAACCUCUACACUUUCCUCGGCACCCUCCUCUUCAUCCUCGCCUCGGGCUUCCAACACGAUGUCCACGCUUACCUCGCCUCGCUCAAAACCGCCACAGCCUCCACAAACAACAAACAGCCGUCUCCCAACCCAACCCCCUACACCCUCCCCACCCACCCCGCCUUCUCGACCCUCAUCUGCCCGCACUACACAGCCGAAUGCCUCAUCUACCUCUCCCUAACCUUGAUCGCCACCCCACCUACGGCCUGGGUGAACUGGACAAUGUUCUGCGCUUUCAUAUUCGUUGUUGUGAAUUUGGGAGUCACGGCGUAUGGGACCAGGGAAUGGUAUACCCGUCAAUUUGGCUCGGAGGCUGUGAGGGGGAGGUGGAGGAUGGUGCCGUUUGUGUUUUAG